CCGAGCCGGACCGGCUGCGAGGGCCCCUCUCCAAUUAGCCACCGGUGCUCACCCACGCCCUUCCUCCCGCGGCAUAAAGCCCGGCGGGGCCGCACCGGCUGCCACCACGCUGGCGGCGGCACGUCCUUCCCGUGAGUGAGGAGGAACGGUGGUGCCUGCAGCGGCUUCCCGGCCUUUUUAUGCCGGUCCGCGCCUGACGCUUGUCCUGUUCGUGGAUUUGGGGUCGCUUUGUUUUGGUUUUGAUCCCCGUCGCAGCUGCAGCAGCCGGCUCUCCCGCAGAGCCGCUCCGGCCCGCUUGAGGCUUCCUCAGCAGCAGCCGCAGCCGCCGCCGCUGCCCGCGGGCGGUGCGGGGCAGAGCCGAGCCAGCCGCUGGCGGGGAGGGAGCGGCACUGGGAGUGCGGCGGCGGCCGGGACACCAUGCCUGCCGCCUUCUCCGCGAAGCGCCCGGGGCGCCUGCUGCGGCUGUUGCUGCUCUGCCUCUGCCUCUCGGGCGGGAGCCCCGCAGAUGCAACUAUGACAACACAAGAUGCCAGUCAGUCUCUGGCAAACUCUUUGACUAAGAUGCAAUCUGGACUUACUGAAUCAUCUCCUGAGCCCAUGACAACUAUACAAACUGCCAACUGGCCAACUCAGGGGAGCCCUUCAGUUCAUUUGACACUUGGACAUAAUGGAUCUACACCUGCCUUGUUAGGUCCAGAUCUUACCACACAAGAGUUCAAGCAGGCAACCAAAGAGAACGUGUCUAAUGUCACCUUUGUGGAGUAUGAGGUACUCCUACCUGGUGUUUCUGGUACUUCCAUGGAAAAAAAUAUCACUUUGGACAGUGCAACGAUAAUUGAACUUUCAUGCAGAUUGGACAACAAAUAUUCUCAUUUGAAAAGUCUUCAAGUGACUUGGAAGAGGGGAAAUGAAACAAUCAGACACAUUGAUAAAACUGAAAACAGCUGGAGCAUCCAAUUGAAGAUCUUGGAUAGCAGUAAGCUGGGAAGUUACAGCUGUAUUCUGAAAGGUGAAGAAGAAAUCAGUGCUAUGUUUUAUUUACAAGUACCAAAAAUUGAAGGAAAAGAAAAACCCAUAGUCAGUUAUGAAGGAGAUUCAGCUAUAAUGAUUUGUAAAAGUUUUGGCUAUACUCCCAUCGCUUGGACCUGGUAUAUGAUCAAUGGAAGUGAACAGAUUGCCAUUAAUGACUCUUUACUGGCGGACAAGUAUGUAAUUAACAGCGUAUCUGCCAAUGUAACCCAUCUGAAGAUACUGAAGCUCACCAAGGAAGAUGAUGGUGUAUAUUGGUGUGAAGCUGCUUUUGAAUUAGGGAGAAGUAAAGGAAACCUGAAGCUUAAAGUCCUGUCCUUCAUGGUGCCUCUCAAACCCUUUUUAGCAAUUGUGGCUGAAGUUGUUAUUUUAGUAACUAUUGUUUUCCUUUAUGAGAUGUAUUCGAAAAAGAAAGAGAAAUGUGCAGAAGACGAAAAAGAAUUUGACCAAGUUGAGCAACUAAAAUCAGAAGAAAGCAAUGGUCUGGAAAACAGUAGUGCUAGGAACAGAAAAAUUUAAUCUGGUUCCAAAAAAGGUAAAUUUAAGCCAACAGAAGUGGAAGUCAUCACAAAGCUACAGAAGAUGUAUGUGACUAUGCAUUUUAAACAUCCACUAUGCUUCUAAGUAAACUCCUCUACACAUAUGAGAAAUAAGAUGCUUUUAAAAUAGCUGUGAAACUGCUCAUUUUAUACAGAUCAUAAUGUAUUCUGAUGUACUGCAUUUAGACCUUUGCUGUCUGUAACAUUGUCACUUUACUACUAAAAGGCAGUUUUUACAUGAUCAGACUUCCUGUUGGUUUAUGACUGACCUGUUUGAUUUUGUCCUAAAUUGGAACUAAUCUUGCAUUCACGGAAUGAACAGGUAAUACAGAAUGGGCCUAUUAUCUAAGUGUUACAAAGCUGGACUUGCAAGAUCAAAAAAGUAUUUCCACCAAAGAAAAUGCCUUUUACUAGCAGGUGAAGCAAUUGUGACACAGCUAUUUUUACCAAAGAAAUGGUCCAAGGGGAAUCUUUGUCAUGAUUUAAAUGAAACAUUAACAGUUUUGCAAUUUGCUCUGAACAGUAAAAUGUCUUCAUUCUAACUUUUCUUAGCUUCAUUUAAAUGAGAAAGCAAUAUAGGUACGUUCUGAAUAUUUAAGAUUAUGAAUUUUCUUAAGAUGUCCUGCCAUAUGUCUGUGGUACUAUGCUGUAAUUCUGAAUAGGCUAAAUACUUAAAUACUGUACAGAUCAGAUAUUUCAGUGGUAUUUUGGUGUAGAUGAAGGAAGGAAGGGGGGGUACAGUACCAUGUCAGAAUAUAACUGAAAUAAUUCCUUACACUUGCAGAAAUUACUACAGGAUCUGAGAGCUGCAAAACCAGUUUUGUAAUUUAUGCAGAACACAGAAAUUUCACAAAUAUAUCUAUAUGGUUCUUAUCAUACAUCCUGUCUAGUUGGUACUUUUACUUCUUGCAGCAUACUGUAUUGUUCCUUAAACUCCUCUCAGAGCACAGAGACGGUCUUGAGCAGCUAAAAUUUUCAGGGUAAUAGGAUAAAGCAACAUGAAUACCACUAGUUCUCUUAUACAUAAAAUUGUGUGACGCUGCUGUUAAGACUUAGGAUAUUUCUUUAGAAGAGCUAGUUGCCAUAAUUUUAAAUCUACCAUUUGGUAUGUUAUGCAUUCAGAAAUUGAAAAAUGUGCAGCUAAUAGAAAAACAGUUGAUUGCAUUGGUUGCCUUUGCUAAUCCAAAAGAAAAAUAAGAAAAACUUCCAUUUUAAGAAAGGGAAAAUUAAAGUCUUCGGAAGAAUUUCUUCUUUUAACAAAAAUGUAAGUAAAAAGGCAGCAUUUGCAAACUCCUUAGGGAAGUGAAAGGAAAAAAUAUCUAAAUAGAAUUUCCUCAACUGGUCAUUUCUCUUUGAACAUAAAGGAAUACAGAAAAAUAAAGCAUAAAAUAGAUUUAAUUACCUUCCUUUUUUUUAUUUUACUGUUCUUAUGGGUUAUUUCAGAAAGCCUAGCAUUGGCUGUUUUGUUGGAGAUGGGGACAAAAUCCAGUCUGAUCUAUGCUUUUUUGGUUUUCAUAGUUUAUUUUGCAGCUUUAACAACUACAAGUUAAAAGUCCAAAUAAAAAAUGGAAAAUAUAAGCAUUAAGUGAUUGACUGUAAGGGCUGAACACUGAUAAAGAUUUCCCUUGUUAGAAUACUGUGUUUAUUAUAUUUUGCCUUGGAGUUUCUAUGCACUGUAAAAACCAGAAUGCGUUUACAGGUUUUUAUAUGAAUUUAUCAUUGAUAUAAUGGCAUUUUUGUUGUAGCAAGUAAAUGUUUGUGGUUUAAAAAGAUUUACUUCCAUAUGUUAAUUGUUUGAAACAUAUAAUUUUAUUUUUUUGUAGAAAAUAGAUUUUUGUAGGAAAUUCAGUAGUAAAAAAAGUAAGCUUACAGAUCUAAGAGUUAGAUUCUAAAUAAGGCAGAAUUAAUAUCUUUUGCAACAAAAAGGAGGCUAGGUACUAUUUGGAAAAAAUUCCACCUUUUAAUCAGAAAUGGUAACAACUUAUUUCUAUCUUCAGUGAGCAUUGCUAUCUGAUCUUGACAUUGUGGUAUGAAGUCUGGGCCAACAUAGGCAAGUUACAUGAAUAGAUGCUUUUUUGGUGUUGGCAAACAAGGGCUGCACUGAAGGCAGACAGGAACUGGAGAACCUGGACUAAGCAUGGAUUUUAGAACUGUGAUGUGUUCCUCCUAUCAGGACUAUAUUAGAAUUUGGUAAAAUUGGCUGCUGUAACUGUAGCUUUGUGUUCACCUGCCUCUAGCACAUUCUGCUUGUCAUAUCUGCAGGGAUUUGUGUUUUAUUUUUAGGUUGGCAAGUAGUCAUUUCAUCUUGGUAAGUGGUUUUAUUCCUCAUAUGUCUGCCUAAGUUCAAACCUUCUUGGGUUCCCCUACAGAGGGGAAUAAUAAAUAAUAUUAAAUUAUAAAUAUUAAAUAAUUGGCAUAAUUAACAGUCAUAACUUCAAAGGCAUAAACUCUACUUUUUUUUAGUCCAGAUACCACAUAGGAAGCCCUGAAAAUCUAGAAAUGUAUAUUUUAUGAGAAAUAAUACAUUGUAUAUGUUCAAAACAUUCCUACUGCAGUUGCAUUGUAUGUCUGUUUAUUAUGCAAACAUAGCCUUCAAUAAAACAAAAAUUUGGCAACCUUAAAAAACCAAAAGUCUAGGCAAUGAUUUUUACCUCAUUCAAGUGAAGAGAUACCAAAUGAGAGCCAAAACAAUUCUGAAGAUAAUUCCUUCAAACAGCAGUUAGAGCUAAGUGUAAGGAUCAAAAAAUUAGUUUUAAUAACAAACAUUAAUCUGUAAUAAUUGACUUACAUGUGUAGGUUGAGUCUAACCAUUACAUUUGUUUGGCAGAUCUUGUCUUCCAGGAUCAAAUUCUUGUUUUCUUGUAAGAGGUAGUAUAUUACUUGUUUCUAUACCAACAAAAGCCUUAUUUCUUAGAGGAAAAGAUUCAAGUCUGCAAAAGAAUCCUGAAGGGUUGUUUCCUAAUGCUUCAAACUGGUCACUGCAAAUUCCUCUUUUCCAUAGGUCCAAAGUAGACACAAGCAGCUGUGAGACCAGAUUCCUAGUGAAGAUUGACAAAUAUUAGAAGAGUUUCCAAGCUGUGAGCUCAGGUAGAACUGUAUGAAUAUUUCCUUAGGAUGGAGACCUAAGAAUUACCAUGUAGUGGGCCAAGAUAAUUAAGUGAUUAGCUACAGGUCAUUUGACAUGCACAAACCUGAGGAAGAGAGGAGAAACCCAUCAGUAUUGAUGGUAACACUGAAAGCAGCAUCCAUGUGCCUCUAACUGUUUUUCAGCCAAAGAAAAUAAGGUUUAUAUUCUGGCUUUAAAUUCACCCUUAAAACUUUUCAACACUGGCUGCUGAGCAAUAAAAAGGAGAAAAACUGACUGGUGUCUUCACUGUAGGGGAAGUUUUUCAGCUGAGUGGUUCCCUAAGUGUUGAGCUACCCAGCACAUGCAGGCUGACCACAAUUAUCCACAUCAUGUUGCAGUUCUAGCUGGGAGCUUCCCAAAAAUAAUAAGGUGCAAGGAGUGAGGAAGAAACCAGUUCAGAAUGGUUGUAGGGACAUGGGAAGGACCUGCAAGUAUCCCAUAGGGGUCCUGAGGGACAGACAGCAGGAGCUGAGAUGACUUGCAAUUAGAUGUGUACAGGGAAGGUUGUGCAAAUCUGUAGGAGAAAACUUUUUUUUUUAGCUGUGCCAUUCAGUGUUUGUGUGGGAAGUUCUGUACAGUGACUGAAACCAAUCUGCCAUUGCUAAGCACUUGCACAGGUGAAAACACAAAGCCAUGUUAUAUGUUUCAUAAGAGAAUGGGAAGUUACACCCUUGGAAAAUUUUUCUCCACUGGUUUUAAAUAGUUUUGCAGUUUUGUUACUUUCUUAUGCCAGAACAUGCCUAUAUAAUGCAUUAAACAAUUCUUUAUGAAAAAACCCAAGUUCAAAACUUUACAACUUGUUACUGAAACUGAGUUGUUUGAAUUUACUGUUGAUAACUGAGUUCAUUUUUGUAGCUGAAUUUUAUGAGACUUCAAACUUGUAAUGUUUGUUCCAUCUUAGCCAGAAUGACUGUUUUUCUUCUGUACAGAAACUUCAUCUGAUUUGUUUUUCCAUUCAGCCUUUUAUUUAACUAAAGAAAGAUUUUUGUUCUUUUUUAUUACUAGGGCAAUAUUUCUAUCAACUGACUUCCUGAAUUAUUUCCAAAUUAACAUUAAAAGUUAUGUAACAGUGCCUUGAAAGAAGGAAUUUGUUUACUGUAGUUAAGUUCAUUUUUCUCUUUUGCAAUAUGUUUGUUAAAAGUUUCAGAGGAAACUUGACAGCAAAAUCUAUUUUUCUAGUGAAAGACUACUAAGCCUAAUGCUUUUAUCACGCUUGCCUUAUUUUACAUUCUGAUUUUAUACUCUGUGCUCACUCAACUGUUUUAUUGUUUUGCUUGAGCAGUAAGAUGUAUACAGAAAACGCAAUAGCCUCUGUAUGUUUGAUAUAUAUGAAAUAACAAGGAGAGUGGUUAUGAGUAGUGUGAAUUGAUAAUAUUGUACUUACAAAUAAUUCCAAUAAAUUUAACCAUAAAGAAUCCAUAAAGUGGAGAGUCAAAUUA